UGUAACAGUUGUAUAUAUAAGGAUUGUGAGUGGUCGUAUUUGAUGGAUGAGAUCUGGGAGAGGGCCGUGGAGACGGCUCUUGACGGAGAGACAGACCACGCCUCCGCUAGGUCUUUAACCCUAGACGGCGCCGUCAAGUGCGUUCAGGGACGGUUACCGCCACCGAGUCUUCUGGAGAGGUUCCAGAACCUUCAGCACCUGUCAAUAGCUAACAUAGGCGUUUCGUCGCUGGAGCAGUUUCCGCGGCUCCUGAAUCUGCAGAAACUAAUCCUCUCCGACAACAGAAUCGCCGGCGGGCUUGAAUUUCUGGUACAGGCUGGCCUCGACUCCCUUCGCGACCUCGAUCUGUCUAACAACCGGAUUCAGUACAUUGAGGAUCUAGCUCCUCUCGCGCAGCUGAAGCUCGUUUCGCUGGAUCUGUACGAGUGCCCCGUCACGCGCGUCAAGGAUUAUCGAUCUAGGGUUUUCGGGCUCAUAAAAUCGCUUAAGUACUUGGAUAAGAUGGAUGCGGAGGAGAACGAGAGGCCUGAAUCGGAUGAUGAAGAAGAGGAGGAUGAAGAGGAGGAGGAUGAUCCUGGGAGUGGGGAAAUUGACGGUGAGGAUCGUCCCUUUGUGACUAGCAACGGGCACAGCGAGGGUGCUGAUGGGGUUGUGGAUGUUGACGAUGACGAGGAGAGUGAGGCUGACGAGGAAGAGGCUGAGACGUCGAGAAGGGAGAACGGUGGGUCGACUCGCCAGGCGAAUGGGUUCAGGGUUGAGCCUGUUGUGGGGGAUGAUGUGGAGGAAGAUGAUGAAGAGGAUAAUGAGUCCGGAGAGGAGAUAGAUGAGGAUGAUGGGGACGAUGAUGAUGUUGUUGAGGUGCAUGAGAUUGAAGACAGCGAUGAUGAAGAUGGGGUUGAGUAUGAUGAAGAUGAUGACGAUGACGAUGAUGAUGAGGAUGAGGAAGAGGAGGAAGUUGACAAUGAUGAAGGAGAGUUUGCAGAGCCAGAGAGUACUGGGAGGUUGGAGAGCACCGAAGGGGAGAUUGACGGGCAUGAACAGGGGGAGGAAGAUGGGGAUGAAGAUGACAAUGGAGAGACUGGGGAAGAUGAGAUGGGCGUGGAAUAUGAUGGAGAGUAUGAAGAUGAUGAUGAAAUUGUUGAAGCGGAUGCCGUAGUCAUGGAAGAGGACUAUGGCGCUGGGUAUUUUGUUCAGCCAGUCGGACAGGCUGAAGCUGUCAAUGCUGGGGAUGGGUCAGUGAAUGGAGGUAACGAUGAUGGUGAGGAGGAGGAGGAAGUUGAUGAUGAUGAUGAUGCUCAGGUAUUGCCUUCCAAUUCACACCUCAAGAGGAAGCGUGAUGAUGAAGAUGAUGAUGAUGAUGAGGACGAUGAUGAACAAUGAUGCGGUAAUAUAUACUAAAGUCAUCUAAGACGCAUGAUUGACGCCACCCCAUUGAUGUAGCACAUGUUCAUCCGUCGUGUUUUUAAUGUUAUUUCGGAUUAUUGGCAUGGGAUCCUCACCUUAGACAGAAUUAUGGUUGAUCUUUUAGGGAUUUAGCUGUGUUGGACGGGAAAAUAUUAGGGAAUAGAAUUGUGUGAUGGUUGCCAAUGUGUUAAGUUCAAAAAUUGGUUAGAUCGUUUUCCCGCUUUACUUUGGAUAUAGUCGUUGCUCUCAUAUUCAAAUGGCAGUUAUGAAGAGGUGUUUACCGCCAAUGUUCUCCAUGCAGGUGCUGCCUUGUAUAGGAAACUGGAUGCCUUUGGAGGGAACUUCAUAAGAUGGGUUGGGAUUUAUUUUUCAAAUUUUGUUUUUGGUGGUUUCUCUCGUAAAACCCCAUGUCAUCGGUGUCCUUUUGGUGAGAGAGCAAGAAAACUUGGGAAACAUAUGUAGAUAGGUUUCUAAUGUCUAUUUAAGAAGGGAAAAAAAUUAUCAAAAAAUGAUCGUAUCAAUGAAAGUGGGUGCAUGAUGUAGUGACGUGGCUCGAUGAUAAAUUAUUGUGUUUGUUACGUGGAGUUAUUUCACCACCCAAUCCGAUCUUAUUAUUUAUCGAGCUUGAUGACAACAAAGGGUGAACGAUGGUUCUUUUAUUUUUGGUCGUCGAUGCUUGGUCCUUUGGUAGUAGUCAAUAGCCAAGCAUGUGACAAUGGGCCCCUCAAUCUAGGUCACUUUUGCAGCUUGCCACGUGGCGUUGAAUUGAGUAUUUGAUCUUCAAUUGGACGGCAGAUCCGCAUUGAUAUUUAUGCAUAGACGUCGGUUAUUGAAUUUUCCCCAAUUGUUGGAACCGAACCGAUUAAAGAGGGAAUCAUUCAGCUGACCCUAAUGUUAGUCGCGUAAGCCACACGCAAAGUUGUACAAAGGGUCUGGGUUUGGUAGAGUACAUCUAGUUGGUUGUAAUAUCGGAGCCAUUUUGCUCAUAUGAUUUGGGGGACCUCACGUUGGACUUUUUUUAAAUCGGAAGAUGGGCACGUUCUCCCCACAUUGUUAGUAAUAGAAUACUAGAUAAUUGAUAAAUACUUUUUGAAUAAAAAUUCAAGAUGAACUUGACCUCGGAA